AUGAACCGGUUUUCGAAACCGGUUCAGCGGUUUAGGGUUAAAAUUUUUCUUUGGCUCUCGUCUUUAUCGUCUAAUCUCAAUUUUGAAUCCCCCGCCGUCACUGUGCUCUCUCCCUUGGCUCUCGUCUUCUCAAUCCCGCGCCCUCUGCUCUUCCCCUCUUCCAUCGAUGAGAGGCUCCCUCUCUUCCGCUGCUCCGCAAAGUCGCAGACCGACCGUUGCUGGCUUGCUGCGUGCCGCCGGCGCCUUCUCUUGCCGCUGGCCCCCACGCCCCGCCCCACUCUCGCUGCUGGCUGCUGCUGCCUGACCUCACAGCUUGCAGCUUGCAGCUUGCUGGACUCCUACUCCCGCCUUCACGCCAGCCGCCAGAGCCUCAGACCUUCUGCUGCAAUAAUAUUAGGUGGUGGAGCUGGAAGCCUGGAACUCGCCUUUACCCACUUACCCGAAGAAGAGCAAAGCCUGCGGACAACAGUGAACAGAGAUGUCACAAAUUUAUACGAGGUCGAAAAAAAGAAAUUGAAUGAAUAUUUUAAAAGAGUUCCUUCCGUUGCUUUGACAACAGAUAUGUGGACGUCUAACCAACAAAUUGGGUAUAUUUCCAUUACAGCUCACUUCAUAGAUCAUUCUUGGACACUUCAAAAGCGUAUAAUUGGAUUUAGCCAAGUCGAACCACCUCAUACAGGAAAGAAUCUAGCAAAUGGUCGAAGUAUCCUACAGCAAACCUAUUUUUCUUAUAAAUUUGGGGGGUUCAAGAAUUAUUACAAGAAGGAAUCCAAGGAUAAAGUUGAGUUUAACAGACUUUGUCUUUCAAAGACUUUUUGUCAAAUAGAAGAAAAAGAAAAACAUAUGACAUUAGUAAGAAGUACAAUGCAAGGACUUUAUAACAGCUACACUGCAAAAAUUGAUGGUUUAAAUAAAGAUGUUGAAAGUGAUGCUACUACUUUUAUGAGAGGAAUUGACUCAUCAUGUAGCAACUCCAAUAGAAGUAGCAUAAGAUUUUUUAGCUUUUUAAAUAAAGCAGACAAUGUUCAUUUUCAAGCUUCAAAGUCUGAGCUUGAUAUUUAUUUAGAAGAUGGAUUGCUCAAAUGUGAUGUUAAAGCUCAUGAUUCGUUUGAUAUAUUAAUUUGGUGGAAAGAUAAAGAACUGAAAUACCCAAUUUUAUCACAUAUGGCAAGAGAUAUAUUGUGUAUUCCUAUCACUACAGUUGCCUCUGAAUCUGCUUUUAGUACUGGAUGUCGAAUUGUGGAUAAAUCUAGGAGUUCAUUGAGCCCGAAGACAGUAGAAGAAUUAGUUUGUGCAGGCGAUUGGAUAAAACAGUUUGGGGACCCUAUGAAUCUUGUACCGGUAUUGCUAAAGGGUACUGCUGAAGAUGAGAUUGCAUGACAUGAUUCAACAUCAAUUCCAACAUAUUAUGCAUACAACCUGUCAAAAUAUUAGAUGAUGAUGAUGAUGAUGAAUAUGAAGAAGGCAAUGGAGGGAACCGACUCCUGGGGUUUAUGUUUGGAAAUUUUGAUGGUUCCAGUGAUCUUGAUGUGGACUACCUUGAUGAAGCAAAUAACUUCAUCUUAUAUUUUG